CCCGCUCAAUUGCAAUUAAAAUGGAAGAUAUAUAUUCAUUUAUAAAACAUGAGAUUGGUUCAGAAAGAAUGGUUACAAGAACUCAUUUAUUAUAAAAAUUUCCGGAUUAAAGACUUCAAGCUAUUUAAGCAUUUAAUAAAUAUUAUGAAUAGAAUGUCCAACAAGUGGAUGCUGUUUUCACAGUGUUGCAAGAAGCGAAUGAUGGAUAUGGAUUAGUUAGUGCAUUGUUAUCUGCAGAUCAAAUAAAUAAGAAUAUGAAGAUUAAGGAUAUUUCAUUAUAUGCCUUGGCAGAUAAAAACCAGAUUGUAGAUGAAGACCUCUUUCCCCCUUCCUUUGGAGGACAAGCGCCUCUUAAAGUGACCGUUCAUGAAGUGAAUUUAUCAAGUUUAGUGCAAGCUAUGACAGUAGAGUCCCAAAAGGUAGUUGUAAAUAAAAAGGUUGACGGGUUGGAUCAUAAGAGAAAAAAUGAUUCAUCCGAUUUGAACACGUAAGUCAAUGUGUCAAAGCAACUAAAAUCCACAGAUCCAGUCAAGAAUGAUUCUUUAAAAAUCAUUAAUGAAAACAAUACUAUAGCUUAAGAAACAAUUAAUAAAGAAUCGAAAGCAUAAUAAGAUUCUGUAAUGAAGAAGCCCAAAAUUAUAUUGAAGAGCAAACAAUCAGACUAAUCUCAAAGUUAAAACUAGCCUAAAGAAUAAAAUCUAUUACCAAUCAUUGAAGAGUUCGUCAUAAAGAAUGAUCCAAUAAUUGAAGAACCAGUCAAAGAAGUGUAAACAAAAAACCAAGAAGUUAAACCUUCUGAACCUGUAGUAAGUAUACCAAAUAAAACUUCAAAACCCAAAACUUCAUCAACUGGGGCAGGCUCUAUGAAAUUAGAUAACUUUUUUAAGAAAAAAUGAUUAUUUAUAAUAUUUUCUAUGUUAAGACUUCCACCUCUA